AUGGAGCAACCUAUUGCUUUGGCUUACGAUCAAGAUCUGUGUCUUUUUGCUGUAGCUUACACUCAUGGUUACAUUGAAGUGUAUGCUUUUUCAUUGCUAGAAAUAAUUUUCUUUAGAUACGGAAUGCCAGGACUUUCCUUUCCAGUCGACCAUGUGGUUAAAGGCAUAAAGUUUAUGGAGUUCCUCCAAAAUGAGGGGCGUCUUCUUUUGGUUACCUCAUCCAGUCUUACCAGUCUUGAAUUGAAUGUAACUUCGGGUCACUGGGAAAAGAAGCAUUCUGUCUUCCUCCCUCUCGCACCUGAUGAAAGCAUCACAGCUUUUGCAAUCGGAAAGGGCGUCGUUUAUGUUGGAUCAAGCGCUGGGACCCUGCGACAGGUAGCCAUCGAAAAUGGGACCAUGACAGUUGGGGAUGAUGAUUUGACUUCCUUACCGUGUCUUCUCAUCUUGAACAAGCUGCCGGAAGACAAGCGCGAGGUUCUCAAACUGAACACACCCAUAGUUUCAAUCGAACUGCAUCCGAAUGGCGAGGGACUGCUUUUGGGGUACGCAGGCGGCACAGCCAUCGUAGCUCAGCCGCAAGCCAUCCCACUCACUCUACCUGUGCCAUCAAUCUCCACUGUGGAGAACCCCCGUGAUGAAGCUGGGGAAAAGCCAGAGGAGGGUGAAGCUGAAAAGGGGCAGACACAACCAUCUAUUGAGAGUGUCGAGGCAGAAGCUGAGCCAGCUAAAAAAAGUGAGGGUGAUACCGCACCGGAACCGACGUCGCCGAAGAAGAGCAAGACUGGGGAACGACAUUCCACAGCCAACUUACAGGCUAUCCGUGCUCAAGCUAGCAGGAAGUUCCGCACGCUUUCUAAGUCUAUAAAGAGUAAGAUUGAGCACACAGCGGAGGAGAAAGUUGAACAUCCAGUUCUGCCUGUGCCUCCAAGCCCACGUGUGGUUCGUUUGCUUCCCUACACACAGGUUCUGUGUUGUGCCACAUGGCGUAUCACUACAUCCGUGUUGGCGUCAGAAUUAGCGGCCUCUCAGGAGGUCCUCAUCGCUUAUCAUGAUGGUGCCUAUCUCACCUGGACCAUUCCCAAGUGUGAGUCGGAGGUUUUUGAUCCAGUGAUUGCUGUGAACCAAGAAGUCGCUAGCAUCCCCUACGGACCCCUGCCCUGCGCUGCAAUUCAGCGUAUCAUCGCAAGACCUUCUGCGAAUGGUGGUGUUAUCACUGCAUUUGUUGGAGGACUGCCUCGCGCCCAACAUGCGCAGAAGCACACAAUUAGCGUUCUGGGUGGAGUUGAGGAGCAUGUUUGCUUCCAGUUUGGUUCACCUGUCCGAGACUUUGUUGUUCUGCCCAGUAAGCCGCAGAAGCCAGCGUGCAGAAAUGAGGAGAAUGAAGAAUCCAGUAAGCAAAAGCUGCUUUAUUCACCUACAGAGAUUGAGGGGGACGAGGGGGAGAAAUCUUAUCAGCACAUAACUGAGCCACCCAAACCAACUGACGCUGGCUACCUCCUCGUCCUGACGGACCGUGAACUCGUGGCCAUCGAUUUGACCCAACCCUCCUGGCCCGUCAUCCCCUCGCCUUAUCUCAAGCACCUUGACUGUACUGGCAUCACCGCUGUUGCUCACAUCUCUAUCCCAAAGAAACUCAUGUCACGUCUGAAGGAGGCGUGUAAUGCCAAGGGCUUCGAUCACUGGCCUGUGAUCGGUGGGCAGAAGACCGAGUCAUGCGAGGCAGUUGUGGAGCAUGCGGAGUUUCACGACCUGGUUGCAAUCGCACACAUGGAUGCGGAUGUCUCCCUGUGGCACGUGGGUCGUGGUGACUGCUUCGAGUCUCUCGGACGCAUCCCCAGUCUUGCAAUGAUGCUCGACGCCGGGGAGUUGGGGUGCAAUGUGGAGAAUAAACAGAACGAAGAGGAGGCCUGGCCUCCGUUCCGAAAAGUCGGUGAUUGUGUCUGCGAAGCUCUCGGAGAAAGGGUCGUCGAUGCUCGCUGUGCCGUUCGCACCCUCUCUUUUCAAUUGGUUGAUGAGGAGGUGCUUUUAUUUGUCGGUGGAGAGGCUGGCAACUGCUCCAUGUGGUCUUCGGCUAAACAGAAAUCCCUUGAACCUGAUGUCACCAGGAUCUGUGUCGAUCUUCUCGAGGGUCUGACUGACAAAUUCAGCUGGGAGGGUCAUGAGGCUUUCAAAGUGAGAUUUUGA